AUGUCCAUGUUCCGCUCCAAGAAGCUCGACCUCGGCUGCUUCAUCAACAUCAAGGUCAUCCGGGACCACACCAAGCGCAAGGUCUUCGCCGAGAACGAGACGCAGAGACAAGCCCUCCGCUACAUCAUCCGCAACACUACGCUCCCCGGCCGCAUGCGCGCCCAAGCACAGCUCGAGCUCUCCCAGAUGCACUGUUACACGCGCCCUACGCAGAUUCGAAACCGCUGUAUUGAGGGAGGAAAGGGACGGGGUGUCUUGAGGGCCUUUAAGAUGUCGAGGUACGUCUUCCGUAUGCACGCACUUCGGGGCGAUGUUCCGGGGGUGAAGAAGGCGAGUUGGUAG